AUGGACCAGCUCCGUGUCUUCAUUCCGGGAGCUCCGCGCGGUGUGUGCACGCAGCCAGCACUGCCAGCCCAGCCGAUCCUUCAAGCCGGAACUCCGCAUGUGGCUCAAUCGGCACAAGCGGGGACCUCUGGUCCCCAUGGUCACCAGCCCGCACUCCAAACCAAUCUGCAGGCCGUGUUUAUGCAGCGUUGUGCGCAGGGACAAGUGCAGCAGCAGCCGCAGCCGCAGCUCCAACCACAGCAGCUGCAACCGCAGCAGCUUCAGCCGCAACUGCAGAAGCAGCUGGCCCCGCUAUACGAUCGCAUGCCAGGCUCGCCCCAAAAGCCUCGAUGGUUGGACCCGCAAUUUGGAAAAGAGGGCAAAGCCACAACGCCCACUCCAGUCAGACCGUCUCCAGAGACAGUGGUGAAGCCGGGCCCUGCCGUCCUUCCUGGACAAGCUGGACCUGUGCCAGAUGCACCGCGAGUCAGCUCCAACCGCACAAUCUCCCCAGAUUCCGGCACAGCGAAUGGUGCUCAUUUGCCUGACAGGGCAAGCUCCCCAUGCGCUCCCAUGCCCGAGGGGUGCACAUCCCCUGACACUGACGUUGCCUGCAAAUCCUGGGCUGCCGCCACCCUCAAAAACAUGCCGAGUGACACCGGAGCCAGGGACUCGAAGGACGGAGGACCACCCAAAGCGCCCAAGGCCCCCGCAAAAGUGUCAGUGGAGGAGGGGGCAUUGGAGGCGGAGGCAUCCGUUGCCGAGGCCUCCAUUUCCUCCUUGGCCGAUUUCAGUGCCAAGCCUCUUUUACGCCUGCUGGAGGUCCCUGGGAAAGCUUCCAAAGCCGAUGCUUCGCCCAGCACUCUUAGUCGGACUGCAUCCGACAACAGCAGCAUCCGAGAUGAGUCUGUGGAGGAGGUGUACAGCCGGACGCCUUCCCCUUCCCGAGAUCCGCGCCAAACUGGCAAGGGGCAGCUUGCGGAGCUCCUCGAGAUGUGGAAAUCGACCAGACAUGAAGGCGGGCCCCUUUCCAUAGAAGAGUGCGAGUGCAUGGAGAAUGUUUUCUAUGACACCGUGAACCCCGACCGUGUCAAGAUUGUGGAGAUGCGUCGUGUUAUACAGCCUGCUUUGUUGCGCAGGUUCUGUGCAGAGGAGCAAGAUUCCUUGGAGCGGCAAGCCAGAUCGCAAAAAACACACAAGCAGUUCAUGCUGUUGCACGGCACUCGCUGGGAGUAUGCCCCCUUGAUAGCUGAAAAUGGACUGGACCCAUCCUGUGGUCACCUGACAAAAGGCAGCUGGCUUGGUGGCCGGGCUGACAAGGCGCACUCCUAUGCCUCCAAAGGCCCAGGGCCCGAAGUGGAUGAUGAGGAUGGCCACAAAGCACGCCUCUUUGCACUCUUCGUCGUGGCAUGCGUGCCAGAUGUGAAUGAUGGAGAUGACGAGAGAUCCUUUGGUGUUUGGCGCAUUCAGUCUGCCCGUCGCAUGUGCCCAGCCUACCAAGUGAUUUACUCCGCUCCAGCUGACGUGGGGCGGCACAAGAGGCCUCUCAUUGAGCCUCGUGCCAACAAGGCAAUGCUGCUGAAACAGGGCCACGAUGGUACAGGCACAGAGUCUGCGGGGAUGAGCUCCUUCAGAUAUCGAAGUGUCAGCCCGCCCCCGCGCAGCCGCUCGCCAAACCCACAAGAGGCUGAAGCUACUUGCAGUUGCCCACUCCCAGGACGCAUGCCGGGAGCAUGCACCUCCCCUGCUCUCAAGGUCCAUCAGGAGAGACCCUCCAGCAUCAGCGAGUCCCCGACAAAGCUGCGUGGCCAUGCCGAGCGAUCCGAGCGGCAAGGCGCCAGCGAGUCCCCAGCCAAAGCCCGGAACCAAAGAGAGCGGUCAUCGAACGCUGGUGAGUCCCCGGCAAAGCCUCGGAGUCACCACGAACGAGUCGAACGGCCAUCGAACAGCGAAUCCCCAGCGAAGACACGCACCUCCGGCACCUCCGACCUGAAGCUUCACGAAGUGAACGCCGCAGGAUCCGCAGGAGCAGGGGCAGCAGGGAGCUCUCCCGCUCGGGAUGGACGCCCUGUGAACCUGGCGCGCACAUCGCCCGCGCUCAAGGUGAAACAGGACGCCCGUCCCUCCAAAAGCAAAAAGGAUUCGAAGGAAGUGAAAGAGGACAACCGUGAGGGGAAGGACCGCAAGCCGGCAAUUUCGGCGGCCGGUUGGGAAGUGCAGGGAGAUGAUGGGUGGAUUCCGUUUCGACCUGGCUGCAAAUUCAAGGAUGAGCCCGGGACGAUUCAGCACAUCUGCCAUGGAAAGUUUUGGUAUGCGCUCAAUUUCGACGAGGAUGGCCUCACUGGUACGCAGUCCAACACAUGCACGGGCAAGGUUCGGCAGCUUCGUCGCGUGCUACCAAGCGCAGCCAAUCCUUCAGAGGAAAUGUCGCCAAACAGUGACCUCUCGAAAGAUCCGUCUCAUCCAGAGAAGAUGCAGACCCAACCAGUACUGCCAGUUGGAGGCUGGUAUCCCAGCUUGCUGAACGGGAGCACGGCUGUCAAACAGGCUUCUGAUCCAGUUCGCUGA